UGAGGCUGACAGCUGUCUACAAGCAAAUGGAAAGAAAUGCGGCGUUCCAUGCAUAUGCCUUAACUAAUCUUUGUUAUACUGAGCCCCACUGGCAUGAUUGGGAACUAAGUCGUCAGUUGGCUGGACUGAACAAGAAUCUAGACAACCUGCAGCAUGAGCAGCAAGCCAAUGCAUAUUACCAGCCAAGCGAGAGCCUGAAUAAUCAGUCAUGCUUCGCAGCCAACCAAGCGGAUUCCACACACUCGAUGGGUGACUCUGCUGGCUAUGCACCUGACCUGAAUACCCUCACCAAUAUGCUGCAACAGACUAUGGUCAAGCUAGACAGCCUGCUGAGUCUGCAGGCUGAACAGCAAGCUCAAGUGCCACAGUUUGAUAUGAGCUAUGUGCCACAACUAUUCGACGCUCCGUCGCCCAGCCACAGGGCCGCCAAGACAAGCCGCGGCAAGCGCUUGGUUAAGGUCAUGCCACUGCAGCCUUUGGUCAUUAUGCCAGCGGCAGUAGCUAGCCAAGCAGCGACUACACCAGCUGCAGCACCAGCAGCACCUGCAGCCCCUGCGCCUCAUGCCAAGUCGCUGAUACCCUACACUAGACAUCGAACGCGUGUGCGCAAAAAACGUUGCAAGGCCGCGGGCUCAAGCGCUUCAAGCUCGCAAGUGGCUGAGCCUGCUUGCCAUAUGAAAGACGCUGGCACCACCAUGUGGUGUCCCAGAUCAUGCUGCAAGCAUUGCUGCGGCAUUGUAACGAACAGCGCGACUAACUUGGCCGAGUGCCCAAUCAAGGCGCAGCAAAUGGAAGCCAAGGACACGCCCAUUGCUCCGCUCUCCAUACCCAUACAGCUGACAUUACCACAGAGCAGCUUUUUGGGCGCAUAUCCUCAGCUAAGUCCACUGGGUGCUGGUAGCUAUGCCGAGGGAUACUCGCAGAACUCGCCCGUAGAUCCUGCAAGGUCUAACGGACAGAGUUCAAUGGAUCAAAGCAGACAUUCUGCCGAGUGUACAUCGUGUGAUAGCAAAUGUUCCGCUGCAGCGCUAGAUCCUGACGGAUAUUCCAGUGGUUCGCAACGGAGUGUUUUCAUAGAUCGUGGAAGCUAUGCCUUGGCGCCGCCACACGAAGAUAAUGCAAGAUGUUACGAACAGCUUUCCGGGCAUUCAUCCAAGUGCAGUUCCUUAGAUUCUGCCAGAUCCAGGCACGACUUGGACUGCUGCACUGCAGCCUCUGAAAGGGAACGAGCGCUGGCUGGAAAGUUCUAUUAUUCCUACACAGAAGAGGAGGAGGAAGAAGAGCAGCUCGGAACAGAGUCUGAACUGGAGCAGAGCAGCGGGGACGAGUGGUACCAAAAAGUGCGCAACAGUCUGGACGAGUUGGAAAGACAGCAGAAUUACUUUUGCAAUAAGAAGAUCCCUCUGUUCACCUGCGACAAGCUGCAGCAGACGGACUGCUCUAGCUUCGCCUUCUCGCCUUUUAGAAGCACAACAGACAAGGCCGUUGGCACCGCCGACUUGCAGGCCACAAAUCCGCAUAGGAUUGUGCGAAUGGGCAAAGCAUCUGCUCUGAAGCGUAGAAGGCGUAAGCCGCUGCAUAAGCCACAGGCUAAGGUCAAGUUUCUCGGGCCGCCAAAGAGGCAAACCUUUCCGCUGCAGCUGGAUCAAGCGCCGCUCCAGUCCAUGAGCGAGGCUGUUCCAAGGGCCGAGAAGAGCCGCUUCUACACACACGAACAGCUCGCCAGAUAUCAGAAGCUGCUGGCAUUGGUGGAGAGCACGGGAGAAGCGGAUCGAAAGGUCUACAGUCAGCUCAAAGGAAAUCCUCUGAUUAAGCAGGUAGCCUUUCGUUCAAAGGGAGGCACUGGCUCGACUAGCUAUCCCACCAACUGGUCGCAGUUGAGAAAUUCCUACUCUCAGCAUGCCCUGCCCGAAUAGAGUCUCAAUACGUAACAUAAAUUUCAAAUUUGGGGGCGAGAUGAAUGCAAAUUAAAAGAGAGUCAUACAUAUAUAUAUAUA